ACAGAGAGCAGGUAAAGCAUAGCAUUAGAGUAAAGUGGUCGAAGGAAGCGGUGGUGGUUGCCAUCCCGCUCCUACUUGCGGCCACUGACUUCAGCCUUCACGUCACGGAUGCGCUUCGAGAAGCCUGUUGACCUACCUCUGACAACGAACUCAUUAAUCGACUCCAUGUGAACGGCGGAAAGCACAGCGUGGCAUCCGACGGCAUAUUUCCAGUUGGGAUCCCCUCCACGUGUUCUUCCUCCGGCAAUAAGUAUUGCGUAGAGGAGGAGGAGGAAGAGGAGGACGCGAGAUGGGAGAGGAGGAGAGGAAGAAGGAUGAGCAGAAGGUGGCUUUCCACAGGCUGUUCGCUUUCGCCGACGGCCGCGACGUGGCGCUGAUGGCCGUCGGCACGGUGUCGGCGGUCGGCAACGGGAUAUCGAUGCCGAUCAUGACGCUCAUCUUCGGGCAGAUCAUCGACGCCUUCGGCUACGCCGACAACUCCACCGUUGCUCACCAAGUCAACAAGAUUGUUCUGAAGUUUGUCUAUCUUGCACUUGGGACAGGAUUAGCUGCCCUCCUGGAGGUCUCAUGUUGGAUGGUGACUGGAGAAAGGCAAGCGGCACGCAUACGAGCACUGUACCUGGAAACCAUACUCAGGCAAGAUGUUGCCUUCUUUGACAAAGAGAUGACAACUGGAGAAGCAGUAGAGAGGAUGUCAGGAGACACUUUGCUCAUUCAAGAUGCCAUUGGUGAAAAGGUUGGGAAGUUCGUACAACUGUUGUCCACCUUCUUCGGUGGCUUCAUCAUCGCAUUCGCCAAGGGAUGGCUUCUCUCCCUUGUCAUGCUCUCCAGCUUGCCUCCCAUCGCCAUCGCCGGCGCAGUCAUGUCAUGGAUGAUCGCGAAGCUGUCGAGCCGCGGGCAGGCGGCAUAUUCCGAAGCCGGCAACGUCGUUGAGCAGACCAUUGGAUCCAUCAGAACUGUCGUCUCCUUCACCGGCGAAGACCGAGCCGUCGAGCUCUACAACAAGUCCAUAAACACUGCGUACAGGUCGUCGAUGCAGGAAGGUGUCGCCUCUGGCCUCGGCAUGGGUGCCGUCUUCAUGGUUGUGUUCUCCAGCUAUGGCCUGUCCACAUGGUAUGGUGCCAAGCUGAUCAUCGACAAAGGCUACAGUGGAGGAGUUGUGAUCAAUGUCAUGUUCGCAAUCAUGGUCGGUGGAAUGUCUUUGGGACAGACAUCGCCAUGCGUCAGCGCGUUUGCAGCAGGGAGGGCCGCAGCUUACAGAAUGUUCGAGACGAUCAAAAGGCAGCCGGAGAUCGACGCCAACGACACGAGUGGAAUCGUCUUGGAAGACGUUAAUGGUGAGAUUGAGCUCAAAGAUGUGUUCUUCAGCUAUCCGACGAGGCCGGAGCAACUGGUAUUCAAUGGGCUGUCGCUGCGCGUCCCCAGUGGAACCACCAUGGCCAUAGUCGGAGAAAGCGGCUCCGGGAAGUCCACGGUCAUCAGUCUGGUUGAGAGAUUCUACGAUCCUCAGGCUGGUGAAGUUCUCAUCGAUGGCGUCAACCUGAAGAAGCUGAGACUCCGACACAUUCGAGAAAAGAUCGGACUGGUGAGCCAGGAGCCUGUUCUGUUCACGGCCACCAUCAAGGAGAACAUCGCCUACGGCAAAGAAGGCGCGACGCUGGAAGAGAUCAAACGGGCCGCCGAGCUCGCCAAUGCCGCGAGAUUCAUCGACAAGCUGCCCAACGGGCUCGAUACGGCGGUGGGAGAGCACGGGACGCAGCUCUCAGGCGGGCAGAAGCAGCGGAUCGCCAUCGCCAGAGCGAUCCUCAAGGAUCCCAAGAUCCUGCUGCUGGAUGAAGCGACGAGCGCGUUGGAUACGGAAUCGGAACGGAUCGUUCAGGAGGCGCUGAGCAGGAUCAUGUCGCAGAGAACCACAAUAGUCGUCGCGCACCGCCUGAGCACCGUGAGGAACGCCGACACCAUCACCGUCCUGCACGAGGGAAGAGUCGUAGAACAAGGUCCUCACUCGACUUUGGUGAACGAUCCCAACGGCGCUUACUGUCAGCUCAUCCGCCUUCAAGAACUCCGCCAGGAAGGAGACGAAGAGCCUUCGAAUGACCAUGGAAGACUCAGCUCCAAUAACGAUGCUGCUACAAAAUCCAUGAGCAAGUCCUUCAGGAGGACCUCGUUGAGCAGAUCCAUCAGCAGAGGCUCGUCACUCGGCAGGAGCAGCAGGCUAUCCUUCACCACUGGAUUCGGUCUGCCCGGCUCCAUCGAGAUCCAGGACGGGGAGUCCAGAGCAGAUGAAGGUAAUCAAGGCCAGCUCGAGCCUCGCCGGGACGUCCCCAUUAAGCGGCUCGUUUACCUCAACAAACCGGAGGCGCCGGUUCUGCUCAUUGGAUCCGUAGCUGCGGCCGUGCACGGAGUGCUCUUCCCGAUCUUCGCCAUACUCAUCUCCAGCGCCAUCAAGACGUUCUACCAGCCGCCACACGAGCUCCGAAAGAACGCUAGAUUCUGGGCGUUGAUGUACACCGUCUUGGGUAUCGUCGCGCUGCUCAGCGUGCCGAUCCAAUUCUUCUUCUUCGGCGUGGCCGGCGGGAAGUUGGUCGAGCGCAUUCGCUCCUUGUCGUUCAAGAAGGUCGUCCACCAGGAGAUCAGCUGGUUCGACGAGCCUUCCAAUUCCAGGUCUUCUCUCGCAACCUAUCCUACUUCCUUUUUGAGUUCAAGCAUGGCUUCUGCUCAUCUCAAUCAUCCUCUGCUCUGCAGUGGUGUAAUCGGUGCAAGGCUAUCAGUAGAUGCUGCGACUGUUCGGAGUUUGGUGGGAGAUAACCUGGCCUUGUUGGUGCAGAACCUCUCAACAGUCAUCGCAGGAUUCCUGAUCGCCAUCAUCGCAAAUUGGGAACUGUCUUUAGUGAUUAUAGUCGUCAUUCCAUUGGUCGGUCUUCAAGGAUACGCUCAGAUCAAGUUCCUCAAGGGGUUCAGUGCAGAUGCCAAGGCGAUGUAUGAACAAGCAAGUCAAGUGGCAAGCGAUGCGAUCAGCAGCAUCCGCACGGUGGCAUCCUUUUCUGCCGAGAAGAGGAUGAUGGACGCUUACAGAAAGAAGUGCGAAGCUCCAAUGAAGCAUGGCAUUAGGCAGGGGCUCGCCAGUGGCUUGGGCUUCGGCUUCUCGUUCAUGACUCUCUACUUCACCUACGCCCUGUGCUUCUACGUCGGAGCUCGUUUUGUGAAAGACGGCAAAGCGACCUUCACGGAAGUAUUCAGGGUCUUCUUUGCCUUAACCAUGGCAAGUCUCAGCGUUUCGCAAACAAGUGCAUUGGGUCCAGACUCCACCAAAGCUAAGGAUUCAGUGGCUUCCAUCUUUGCGAUCCUCGACAGGAAGUCCAGCAUCGAUUCGAGCAGUGAUGAGGGCAUGAUCCUGGAUAAUGUAAAGGGUACCAUUGAGCUCCAACAUGUCAGCUUCAAGUAUCCAUCUCGGCCCGACGUGCAAAUCUUCAGAGACUUGUGCUUGACCAUUCAUUCAGGAAAGACUGUUGCACUUGUUGGAGAGAGUGGCAGUGGAAAGUCUACAGCGGUUGCUCUUCUGGAGAGGUUUUAUGACCCUGAUUCUGGUAGUGUCUUGUUGGAUGGAGUGGACAUUAAGAAGCUCAAGGUGAGAUGGCUGAGGCAACAGAUGGGCUUGGUAAGCCAAGAGCCUGUGCUAUUCAAUGACACGAUUCGAGCCAACAUAGCAUACGGGAAGGAAGGAGAAGCGUCCGAGAAAGAGAUUGUUGCAGCUGCGGAGAUAGCCAACGCACACCAAUUCAUCUCAGGAUUGCCGCAGGGAUACAACACGACGGUGGGCGAGAGAGGCAUCCAGCUCUCCGGCGGGCAGAAGCAGCGUGUCGCGAUCGCUCGUGCCAUCUUGAAGGAUCCGAGGAUACUGCUGCUGGAUGAGGCCACCAGCGCUUUGGAUGCGGAGUCUGAGCAUGCGGUGCAGGAGGCGUUAGAUCGAGCGGUUGUCGGUCGAUCGACUUUGAUCGUGGCACAUCGCCUGUCAACGAUAAAGGGAGCCGAUACGAUUGCAGUUCUGAAGAACGGGGUGAUAGUUGAGAAGGGAAGACAUGAAGCACUGAUCAAUCGCAAAGAUGGGGUUUAUGCUUCGCUGGUAGCACUCUAUACGAGUUCGAACUGAAGCUCUUGUACCGAUCAUGAAGGGUAGAACUUUUUUACUGCAUGAACUUGUUCUUGUCAAAAGGAAGCAAAUCAAAUUCUCCCACAUAAAAAAAGAGAAACAUUGUGCAUGAAUUAAUUUUAAUCAUGUUAAUGUGAUACACAUCCAUGAAUUUGGAUCUA